AUGUUCAGCUGGCUUCAACGACGCUGGAAGGCUGCUCGGGCGUGGAUACGCUCCCACUUGGGCUCACAGUCCUUACGCAAUCGACAGCAACGCCCGGAGCGCGAAACACCAGCGCACCCGCUCGCUGGUGAGAAUGGUAAUGCGCAAGAGUCCUCUUUUGUGGAUCAGAAACGACUCUCUGUGUUGGAAGCAACGGACACGGUGACGACGACGAUUAUUGCUAAACAAAUCUCUCGCGACGCAGCGCAGACACACCAGGAUUCGGACAAUCUAGUCUACACAACCGAGCCCAAUCGUACAAACGAGACGGAUAGAACAAACGACAGCCUUCGCACAGACGACGUGAACCGCGCAGACGACGUAAACCACAGCGCCGAGCGCUCGUUAUUUGCAGUCGGAAACGCCACAGGCCAACGGGCUGUCGAUGGAAAUGCAACUUUGGCUGAACAAAAACUCGUUUCGGGUCUGGAGAGCGUUCCAGAGGAUGAAAGCACGGCGAUGGCCCCUGCUGCCAGUAGCGCGCUGCCAGUCGUGGCCAAUGGUACGGCGGCGCUCGACGAUGUUGCAGCGCCGGUGAGAUCGCCGAAGAAACGCGCUGUUCUCAUUGGAAUCAACUAUAGGGCCCAUAUCGUUAAGGAUUGGCCGGAGCUGGAUACACCCGGAAACGAUGUAAAGAAGAUGGAAGCGUUUUUGAAAUCUCGGGGUUACACCGAAAUGCUGAUUCUUCUGGACGAGGACGCUUACCCUCAGCCAACAGCCAAUGUUGUCCGAGAUGCGUUAAAAUGGCUCGUGGAGGAUGCCAGAGAUGGGGACAAGCUCUUCCUCCAUUGCAAGUUUUAUCAAAAUCUCUCCGGCUUCUCUAACAUUUCAACAGACGCCGGACAUGGACACCAAGUGCCAAACGAGACUCAAUCCGAGGUGGAUGGCAUGGACGAGGCUAUUGUUCCUCUAUGCCUCGAAGGAGACGAAGAGACUUAUAUCACGGACAACGAAUUACACGAGCUGUUGGUUAAAUCGAUCCCCAGCGGUUGCUCGUUGAUAACUGUGUUCGACUGCUGUCACGCGGGCACAAUGCUCGACCUCCCGAAAGAGUUUCCUCCAACCUUUACGGAACGACUCGUCAAGACUCUUCCUCUUCUCAAGAGCUCCUCCCUAGUGCGCAAUCAUAUCCACCAACGCCGGCUCACUCUCGAUGACCCCAUCUAUGCUAAAAAAGAAUUCCGCCUUCGUGAAGACACCGACGUCCGUGUCAAGGCAGCAGUUUCACAAAGAAAAGCGGCUGCUAUGGAGAAAGAAAGGACGAGCAGGUUUAUCAAAGCCAAAGGCGCUCGAAGGGUGUCGAUCAAUCCUUCGCGACAACGAACUUCGAAUCUACUCAAGCUACCAGAAACCAAGAUGAACGACGCGACUGGCAUCUCUGCUAUGCACUAUGGGGUCCCCAUGAAGAAAAUGCAGACGCCUCAGUCAACCUUGGACAUGCCUUCGCCAAUUUCACCUGCGCAAAAGGCGAAUGGUACACGGAUUAGCUUUGAACAGCCCACUCCUCUUGCAAAGACCCCUACAUACGGCUCCAUGAAGUCGGCUACGAGUGCCAAACGGUAUUUCUUUGACAAAUGGCUUGUUGGAAGUGUGCACCCAGAGAAUAUGACGUCUCCCAUCGAUGACGAAACUAUAUCACAACCAACAUCCGCCGCACCGGCGAAUACUACGGUGCUACUUACCCCCCACCCUGAGCUGCGACGAAGCGUGGUCCCCAAAGCGACGAUGAAGGAACGAGCGUCGACUCUUCAUGCCUUCACACCUUCGGAUGAACCCACAAUGGAUAUUCAGCCGGAUGUCACCAGCGUCGCGGCUUGUCUAGACUCGGAAGAAGCCAUUGAGAAAACUGAUCUAGGCGGGAUUCUCACAAACGUCUUUAUCCAGUGCUUCGAGGAGCGCUCAAAAGAACACGAUGACAGCAUUACCCUCGGCGAACUGAGCGACUAUUUGCGCGAGCAUUUCAAGAAGCACACUGACAGCCUUCACGAAGACUGUGAGAAAGGUCCUGCUGGCACCACGCGGUGUCUGGGACCCAACUGUCUCUUGCCCAUAGUUCCUCCAGAGCCCUUAGUCACGAGCAACAAUCAUUUGUAUCGCGAUAAAGUGAUCAGCAUCUAA